GGACCCGACCCAGUGCCAAGCGGGAACGGGCGGGCUGUUCAUAGCGAUUCGGUGUCGAAGCUGAGAGAGAAUUGCAGCUGUCGUUAUUGCAAAUUUAGCUAGCCUCUCUGCUAGCUAGACAAGGAACGACUGAACAUGCCGCGGGAAAUUAUAACGCUUCAGCUCGGACAGUGUGGAAAUCAAAUCGGCUUCGAGUUUUGGAAGCAGCUCUGUGCAGAGCAUGGGAUCAGCCCAGAGGGUAUCGUCGAGGAGUUUGCAACUGAAGGGACGGACAGGAAGGAUGUGUUCUUCUAUCAGGCUGAUGACGAGCACUACAUCCCUCGUGCUGUUCUUCUGGAUCUGGAACCCCGCGUGAUCCAUUCAAUCCUCAACUCCCCGUACGCAAACCUGUACAAUCCAGAGAACAUCUACCUGUCUGAGCACGGUGGGGGUGCUGGGAACAACUGGGCCAGUGGAUAUUCACAGGGCAAAAAAAUCCAAGAAGAGAUCUUUGAUAUCAUUGACCGAGAGGCAGAUGGUAGCGACAGUCUGGAGGGAUUUGUCCUCUGUCAUUCGAUUGCUGGGGGAACCGGAUCAGGACUGGGUUCAUACCUGCUGGAGAGACUCAACGACAGGUACCCAAAGAAGCUGGUACAGACCUACUCUGUUUUCCCAAACCAGGAUGAGAUGAGUGACGUGGUUGUUCAGCCGUACAACUCACUGCUCACACUGAAGAGGCUUACCCAGAAUGCAGACUGCGUGGUCGUGCUGGAUAAUACCGCUUUGAAUCGGAUCGCCACAGACAGGCUGCACAUCCAGAACCCCUCCUUCUCCCAGAUUAAUCAGCUGGUUUCCACGAUCAUGUCUGCCAGUACAACUACACUACGCUACCCAGGCUACAUGAACAACGACCUCAUUGGCCUGAUUGCCUCUCUCAUCCCCACUCCCCGUCUCCACUUCCUCAUGACCGGUUAUACGCCACUGACCACUGACCAGUCGGUUGCUAGCGUGAGGAAGACAACGGUGCUGGAUGUAAUGAGGAGGCUAUUGCAACCCAAGAAUGUGAUGGUUUCCACGGGAAGAGAGAGACAGCCCAGUCACUGCUACAUUGCCAUCCUCAACAUCAUCCAGGGAGAAGUUGACCCCACGCAGGUGCAUAAAAGCCUCCAAAGGAUCCGGGAGCGCAAACUUGCCAAUUUCAUUCCAUGGGGUCCUGCCAGCAUCCAGGUGGCUUUGUCCAGGAGGUCCCCAUACCUGGCCUCAGCUCACAGAGUGAGUGGCUUGAUGAUGGCCAACCACACAAGCAUCUCCUCCCUUUUCGAGCGGACAUGCAGGCAGUAUGACAAACUGCGAAAGCGCGAGGCCUUCCUGGAACAGUUUCGCAAAGAGGACAUAUUCAAGGACAACUUUGAUGAGUUGGACAACUCUCGGGAAGUUGUCCAGCAGCUGGUGGAAGAGUACACUGCAGCAACACGGCCCGACUACAUCUCCUGGGGCACACAAGAACAGUGACUGUUGUCUUUCAUUUCUGCUGCUUAACUACAGCUGCUGUUCUAUUAUUUAUUAGCAGGGUAUAGCAUGUAUUGAUGUGUUGAGAAGAGACGGUGAUUGAUGUUAAUACCAAUAUUAACUAAUGUGUUUCCUGGACAAUCAUGUUCUGGAGAAUCAAUCCUAGUUGAAAUAACAUUUGUUGCUUAAUGAAUGGUUCAUUUAUCGUUUUAUUGCAAGUUAUUACAGUAAGCAUCACUUACUGUUGUAAAAUAUUUCCUGUACGUCACCUCUUGCAGCCUAUUCUUGCUAAACAACCUGUUGCCUUUUUUUUAAAAUCAGUUUAUUUGUUGGAUUUACAGUAGUACCCGCUACCUACAGACUGCAUAUAGGCUGUUAAUGUAGGUUUUGCCAUACCUCGCGUCUCUUAUGUACACGAUGAAUUGUAACAUCUGUCUGCUGCAGAUUCAUGAUGCUCAUGUUAUCCCGGUUCAUGACCAACAAGAAUGUCGAGCUGUACCUCUGACUGGUGUUAAUUGCCAUUGAAACGGCUUUUGUCUUCUAAACCAACAGUUUAAGCGUAACAAGUAUAAAGUCUGGUCACCUCCCUUGUCUGUAAAUAUGCUUUAAAGACUAACUGCUUCUCUGUAGAGUCCGUUCUGUAUUGCUCCUUAUUGCUGUUUGUUGGACCUUUUAAAGAUGAAUAAACAUGUUUUCUAUUA